CCUGUCGUCAACAAUUCAUAUCAAUGCAGGAAUCGCCAAAGCACGACGAUACUGGAACAGCCAAGCGUCUAGAGCUUUCCAUCUCUCCAGCUAGUAGCCUCGGUCCGUUCCGAAUAGGGACCUCCAUAUGGGAGAUUAUCAACUUUCUUCGUGAGCGAUCGUCAUUUUUCCCGCAAGUAGAGUUAAAGUAUUCACAAGAGGACCCGCUUGGUGUGGACUUCAUCAUCGAUUUACCUCAGAACGGUUUGAGUCUUAGGUGUGACGGCACCUCUCAACGUUUGCGAUGCAUAGAGUGCUAUGACAUUUCCAAAGUCAAACUUGUGUAUCAGAACAACGACGUUAGUUCAAAUAGGACCAUACCAACAUUCUUGCUAAUAUAUAAAUCGUUUGGUCCAACUUAUCCUGGCGAAUUUGAUUCUGCCGAAAGCGUAUAUACCCUUAGUUAUCCGGGACUUUCUUUUACAUUUCCUAUACCUUCUCGACAUCAAGAGCUCUAUUCUUCAUCCACAGAAUUGCCACUUGAAUUUCCCGACGGAACCACUCCAAUCGCCAGUCAUGUUUUUGUAUAUAAUGGUUCGCAAAAUUGGCGCCAAGCGACACUUCCUCCGCUAUCAAAGUUUAUUGGUGAGACGAACGCUGCCGCACAAGGCCGCUACGGCAAGAAGGGCCGUCGUGAAGUUGAUCGUGUCAUUGCUGAACCUACUGUUGGAGUUACAUUACAUUUUCCAAUGGGAGGUGCUGCGACUGCUACACCUGACACCCACAGUGAGGACUCCUCCCUUUCAAACUCUCCAUCAAAUAGCACCUCUGUUAGGAUUUUACUACGAUCCACUACCCCUCAAGAUCUUCUUUCCGAUCUUGGGAAGCCUUCUUGUAUUUUCUACAAAGAAGAAGAUAAGAUGCGGAUACAUUCAGUGCUUGGAGAUAAUCCUACCGAUAAGAGCAAUCGCAGUGGUGGCGAAGAAGAGCACGAAGCAACCAGCGACAGCGAAAACGUUGUUUCCGAUGAAAAUGCGGUCGACAAAGGUAUUGCCGCUGCACAGCCAACCGAUUACUUUUUCAAUUAUUUUUAUCUCGGCAUAGACAUAUUAUUUGAUGGAGGAUUGCACGUUUGCAAAAAAAUUGUGUUACAUGGGAACAUACCGUGCCACUUUGAUUUCCAAAGAUACAAGAGAUGCCCAUUUGCUUUGAGGUUUCCGCAGAAGCCAUCCGAUAAUUCCAAGGACGAAGAAAUACUUGUGGAUGUGGAUAGUGGUCCUUCCAGCAAUGACAUCCCCGGAACACUAAAAAUACAAGCUCUGAAAAAGCGGAUACCUUGGAGCCUCAGUAACGGUGUCAACGAUGAGUCUAAAAAACAAAAGCCGGUCAUUCUGACUCGUGGCUCCAGCGAACAGAACCCUUUUGGAUCAAGCUACCUUACUGGUUAUGACGAAGGAAUAGUUAUGGAAGUCAUGAAGAAUGGUUGUAUUCCUACACUUGUACUGUUUUAAUAAAUGUGUCUUUGAGGAUCAUCGGACAAUGCCAAAGAAUUCCAACCCUGUCUUUUUU